CGGACAACAUCCUGAAAGGGAAACAUCAGGGCUAUAAAACAUCCACAAGUUCAAACGCGGAAACGAGACCACACUUCGCAGUAAAGCUGUCUUUAACAGAACUGACACAUACAUACACAAACAUCGCCACGGGCAAACUGUUCAAAGGAACAAGUUAACAUCAUGCCAAGAAAGAAAGACAUUGUUAAAGGAGGAGCUCCUGUCGCCAGAAUUCGAGAAAAUUCCAGACUUAUGCGUACACACGAAACUGUGGUGGAUUUCAUGAGUGGACGUCAGCCUCGAAGCUCUUUCCUGGAUGUCUUCACUUCUGGCUUUUUCGGUUUAGAUUUUUUAAGGAACAUUGACGGAGACCUGGAUGAUGACAUCAUAUAUUCUGAUGACAGCGACGAUGAUGAUAAUUUCUAUCCACACAGUGUUGCUCACAGGCCUUUGCAACCACAUCCACGAAUAAGGCAGCUGACUGACGAGGAGGCAGAUAAACAUGCAAAGGAAUUGAUAGAAGAAGAAGAACGGCGUAAGGAAAAAACAGAGAGAAACAAGCGUAAGAAAAUGCGUAAAAAAGAAAAGAAACGAUUAGAAAAGGAAAAUGCAGUUAAAACCUUUUUACCUGAAGAAGAACCAGAGAAGUUGGACCCUUCAGAAUUUAAGGAAGAAAAUCCUGUUAUUGAAAUUAAUACGGAAGAAAAUGAAUCUCCUGAAUCUGGUGAAACACAAAAUGAAGCUGUGGCAGUUGGAUGUGAUGAGGACAGUGGUAAAAAUAGUUAUAAUAAUGAUAAUAAAGAAGAAGAAGAAGAAAAUCUUGUGACGAUGACUAAGACAAAAGAUGAGGAGCAAAAGGAUUUGGAUUUAAGUAAUUCACAAUCUUCUCCGGCUAAAUCGAUCCCUGAGGAGAUGUGCGACCAGCGGCCCACAAAAGCAAAAAAAAAGGAAAAAACUAAAUUACUGGAAGUUAAACAAUCCAAGGAGGAAAAAUCAAAAGCUGUGGAAGAGCCACAAGUUGAAAAGAAGGAAGAGAAACAUGAACCUAAUAAAGAGAACACAACAGAUCUCAUGGGAGAAGAAUUUAUAAAAAGAAGCCGAGAACUUGCUGGUAUUGGAAAUCAUUUGGCUGCCUCUGGACAGUAUGAGACAGCAGUGAAAUACUUUACUGAUGCCAUUAAAUACAACCCAAAGGAAUUCAAGUUGUUUGGAAAUCGGUCCCUCUGUUAUGAAAGAAUGCAGCAGUACGAAAACGCUCUCGGGGAUGCGGACUUGGCACUCUGCAUGGAGCCCAAAUGGAUAAAAGGUUUAUUUAGGAAGGGGAAGGCGCUCUGUGGACUCAAGAGAUACUAUGAUGCCUCACUGAUCUAUAUGGAGGUGCUGCAGCUGGAAAGUUCUAGCGCUGAAGCCAAGCAAGAGCUGAAGCGAGCGCAGACGUUGCACCUCAUGGAAAUGGGAUUCACUUGGGCGCAGAGCUCGGAGGCCUUGAAAACACACGCUACAUUAGAGGAAGCUGUUGAAUCUCUGUUUGUCGACAGUAAUUCAGGUCCUGCAGAUGCCGCUGCCAGUAGAGAUCUUGCAGAACAACCAGUGGUGCAGGACCAAGACUGCGAUGAGGGAGAGUGGAUCGUCCGACAAACAAGCCGUCCCAGAAUGCAGCAGAUCCAAGGGUCUGACUUGGGCCAGUGCAGAUCGAUAUCUCGGUCACCUACUCCACGUUCAAGAAAUUCAGCGAAACCGGAGCUUUACUCCGUUUGGGUUGGAUCCUUGGCUCCUGCUGUCACCUACGCAACGCUCCACGAGCUCUUCAGCAGAGCGGGGAUGGUCUACAGCAUCAAGAUGUUGCUGGAACAGCAGUGUGCUUUUGUGAACUACACCAGAAAGGAAGACUGUGAUAGAGCCAUCCAGUGUAUUGAUGGAAUGGUGGUAGAGGGGGCUCCCCUGUCAGUGCGAUAUCCCAACAGAUUCCAAAAUGGACUCAGUAUGUCCAAAUCGGCCUCAACUGACCCCUAUGCACCACGUCCGGGCCCAUACAAGAAGGAAUGCUUUUUCUGGAGGACCACGGGCUGCACGAGGCCAGACUGCACUUUCAAACAUGACCCAAACCACAAGAACAUUGACAAGGACAAAUUCACCAGUAGACUAGGCUAUCUUCACACAUAGGAAAUCAAAAAUCACAAGCAUGCAUCAUUUCCUUUUGAGAUGAUGCAGAGGUGAUGCCACAAUGGGCUCCAUUCAGUCACCUCAUUUUGUCUUUGUGUUUGGUUCUUGUGAUGUUUUGGCUGCAGAAAAAUAAGAGUUUGGAUUGGUCAUGUUCCUUUCGAUUUUUAGAAAUGUUUGCACCAUGAUGGCCCACCAUUGUUGUACAAAUACAAAGGACACAUCAAACUUUGUUCUUUUACUGUACUAUAGUAACAAUUCAUGUGCAUCAAACUUCUGCUGUUCCUUUGUUGAUUUUGUCAGGGUUUACUUGUGACUACCUAAUCUGUUUAAAGAUUGUGUUUAAACACUUGAUUUUUACUCUGUCACAUUGUUUGAAUUUUGUUUUGUUUUUUUUUUUUUCAACAGAUUUUUCUGUUGAUUUUAUUUUGUUUUAUUUUAUUUUUGUUGGUGACCACUAGGUGGCACCAUCACCUUUAUCCCUUAACUUUGGGGCUACAAACUAUUCUGCUUUAAUUUUAAAGGCUGUGACUGAUGUGUAGUCAUACUCCUGGCACAUUUGUUGUGCCAUGUUUAAUUAUGAAACUGUAGUCUGAAAUUAGGUUGGGUUUUAUUAAUGUGCUCGUUAAUAAUGGUUCACUUCAGUAGUUAUGCACAUUAUGUAUACAUUUUGUAAUGAGAAGUCUGAUGGAGAAUCUGUUUAAGUGUAAUGAUGUUUGGACAACAAGUGCCUUUCAGUAGCACUGUGGCUGCGGUUCAUCAUGGGUCAACCCAGAAGGAAUUAAAGCCUCAACUCUGAGUGUCAGUGUUGUGCCAUACAUAUUAAUAUGAGACCAAAGACUUGUAGGUGGAGCAGUAUAUAGAUAUGAAUCACUACAACUAAUAAUAAAGUCAGCCUUGUGAUAAUAAGGCUGAAGCAUGA